AUGAGCAAGCCUCGAGCAGUUCUCGGUUUAGCGGAGGAAGAUAACCGGACUUUGUCGCGGCGCGAAGCUGAUAACCUUCUAAAGGCACGCUUUCUAGAAGCGCUCACGCGUAACGAUGCAGUUGAGGUUGCAAAAAUCCUUCGCACCACCAGCAUUGACAUAGACACUGUGUUAGACGUGGAGGACCGCGAUAUGAUCCUUUCUUCUUAUAAGCAAGGUUACUGGCUACCAAGUUAUAAGUUGGAGACAUCCUGGGCGAUGGGUCUUCACGUGUGUAUGAUGUACAACGCAUUGGAGAGUGCCAUAGUCCUUCUGCAGAAUGGGGCAGCGGUCAACAGGAAACCUAAUGGGAAAACCCCUCUACAUGUGGCCUGUACAGUGUCUAAUGCUGACUGUGUGGGACUUCUGCUGGAAUGGGGCGCACGGAUCAACAGUAUGUCCCUGAGUGGGCAUACUCCUUUACACUACUGCAUUUCACCAGAGUCUUUGGACUGUGCCAAACAUCUUAUUCUCAAAGGAGCAAAUAUCAACACGCCCAGUGAGGAGAACCAGGACACCCCUCUGCACACUGCGGCCCGCUAUGGUAUCCCAGAGCUGGUGGCUUACUACAUUGCCCAUGGAGCUGAUAUCAAUGCAAUCAAUGGCUACACGGAGACGCCUCUGAUCACUGCUGCAUUCUGGGCCAUGGACAUUCGCGAGCGGACCUACAGCUCAAACCACCAUCUUGUCUGCAGAAUCCUGUUGGACCACAAUGCUAGCUUAAAUUUAUAUGAGGAAGACAAGAAGACGGCACUGCACAAAGCUUGCUGGAACUGUGACCAUGUGCUUAUCCAGAUGUUACUGGAGGCCGGUGCCAAGACUAAUGCUAUGGAUAUCAAUGGAUGCGCAGCGAUACAGUAUCUGCUGAAGGUGACGCAGAUCAGGCCGUGGGCCAUUCCUGAACGCUGCUAUCAGCUGCUUCUGAACUACGGAGCAGCACGAGUGUAUCCACCACAGUUUCACAAGGUGUUGCAGGCGUGUCAUGAAUACCCCAGGGCAGUGGAGGUUAUGGUCAAUUCUUAUGAACAUAUCAAGUACACUAAAAAAUGGAGGGCUGCUAUUCCUGAAGCUGUAUAUGAGAGGUGCAGGAAUUUCUACGAUUCUUUGUUUGCUGUCUGUACCAACAAUCCACGCACUCUACAGCAUCUGGCCAGAUGUGCAAUACGAGCUGCAAUGUCAAAUCGCUGUGAACUGGGUGUCCAGCAUCUCCUUCUUCCUUCAUCAGUGAAGAAAUACUUGCUUCUGGAGCCUGUAGGAAUCAUAUACUGACAUUGUUUCUGCAUUAUACCUUUAUGACUAUUUCUUCAAAUUCGA